UGUGGCGCUAUUUGAGGGCCCAGGGGGAGAAUUAGGGUUCUAAGAGAAAAGGAAGACAUGGAGGCUGUGGAUGUGGUCGUGCGGCCGAUGAAGGAAUUCGCCAAGGACAGCCUGCGGCUCGUCAAGCGCUGCCACAAGCCGGAUCGCAAAGAGUAUACCAAGGUCGCGCUGAGGACAGCGGCGGGAUUCGUAGUGAUGGGAUUCAUCGGAUUCUUCGUCAAGCUCAUCUUCAUCCCGAUCAACAACAUCAUCGUUGGAUCGGGCUAGAGAGAGUUUUUUGUAAGGUUUCUCCAAGGAAAUUGACCAUGGAAUUUUUUCCCUCUUUU